CGGGCUUCUGCAGAAAGGUCUAGUGUUCCGCCCAUCUUUUCGCAGAUAAAGCUGGUAUCCGCCUCAAACCGAGGGUUGCAGGACGCCGCAAUGCAAGCCUUCAGACGGCCGCUUGUUGCAGCAGCACGAGCUCCCACACGACAUGUCGCUCCAACAGUAGCACGAGCGAGCAUCGCACACCAACGCCUCCCAAGCCGCCACUAUGCCACUACAACGACCACGCCGAAUGCGCUCCUCCCACCUCUCAACCUCCCAAAAUGGCUCAACGAGAAUUCACAUCUCCUCAAGCCACCGAUCAACAAUUUCUGCGUGUACAAUGACCCACUGACUGUCAUGGUUGUCGGUGGCCCCAACGCUCGCACAGACUACCACAUCAACACCACUCCCGAAUUCUUCUACCAGUACAAAGGCCGCAUGCUCCUGAAAACAAUUCAAAAGGUUGACGGCAAAGACACAUUCAAGGACAUAUACAUCAAUGAAGGCGAGAUGUUCCUGUUGCCCGGAAAUACUCCGCAUAAUCCUGUCCGGUUUGCAGAUACUGUGGGCGUUGUGAUUGAGCAGCCACGGCCAGAAGGAAGUGUAGACAAAUUGAGAUGGUACUGCCAGGGCUGUGGGAGCCAGGUCCACGAGGCGAGCUUCCAUUGUACAGACCUGGGCUCACAAAUCAAGGAUGCAGUGAAUGCUUUCAAGGCCAACGAGGAAGCGAGAAAAUGCAAAGACUGCGGCGAGAUUUGUGAUACGGCACCGAGAGAAGACGUGAUGGAGGAAAUGAGGACCGCUCCGUCAUAAGCUACAUUGGCUACUGCUACUGGGGAGGCCUUGCUUCGAGCAGCAUCCGAAGUGUCGAGCUACGGCCACAUCCUCAUUUAUGCGCAGAACCAUCAACGCUUCAUCUGCCAAGCCCUCAGUCGUGCUGCCGAAGAGCUGGCGUGCUCAAGGCGCAGGGUAAAGAUCCCCCGGACGCGUCCACCCGCUCGCAGCACCAUCUGAUCAUCGCUCAGCCCCGUCAAUCGACGGUUUGAUAAUCGAUCCUGAGGUCGCUGACCAGUUUGCGGUAUUGCGCAUCAGUUCGCCAAUCUUCAUUCGUCUCUGACGUGACACGAUAAACCGGUGACCCCGUGACUGAAUUUCCAA